AUGGCCGAAGAAUUCUCCUUUGUGGUCAAUGAGACCCAAUGCAAGCUAGACAUGCUAUUCCGUACGAUGAUGGAAAGACUGGAGAAUGCAAGCGAGCACGCCGACGAGCUGGAACGACAACGAGACGAACUCCUGCUAUGGCAGUCGCGUGCCCAGGAACGGGAAGGCAAUCUAAACUGCACCAUCAGCGAGCAAGAAGAACGAGCUAGGGAGCUGGAACAAUUGGUGGCACAUGAGCAAGUCCGUGCCAAAGAGGGCAAGGAUGAUCACGCGCGAAAAUCCCUGAAGGUUCGCCAAAAGGUCAAGCAACUUGAGGCCAAGAUUGAGAGGAUGAAACAGAUUGUUGCUUCAACAAUUCAAGAAGAACAGAACAAAGCCCAGCUUUUGAGAGAGCGGGAUGACACAAUAUCCAAGAGCCAGAUCGAAAUUCACGAACUUAGGGCGAAACUCCAGGCAGCAGAGACGGAAAUUUCGAGCAGAAGCCUACGGGUCGAGGAGUUGAAGCAGGAGUCAGAGCACAUCAGAGCAAAACACCGGGAUGCAGACAUGGUGUCCCAAAAGAGACUUGAAGAGCUGCAGGAUCAGUUCCAGGUAGAAAGACACUCGUUCCAUUACGAAGCAGGUGAAGAAAAGCGCAAAAGACGGGCUGUGGAACAACAACUUGAGAGAUUGAAAAGACGAGCUGAGUCGAAAUCUGCCAGAUAUCAGAGGGAAAGUGCUUUGCUCAAAUUCGAGAUUUGUGAGUCACAGGACACCGCGACUGAAAUGAGACAAGAGCUGCACCAGAAACAUUUGCAAAUCAAUAUUUGGUCCGCAGCUAUGACCGAAAGGAACGACAAAAUCUCAAAUCUCUUUGAAUCGAUAGAGAAAUUGAAAGACGAAAGAGUGAGGGCGCAGCAAGAGAUGGGCGCAGAGCUUGUUAUCGCCCAGGGCGAUACAGCUGUCCUCAGAGAUCAGCUUAAGACGGCUGUCCACGAGCUCCGGGAUGUGAGACAAGAGUUGGCGAACGUCAAGAUGGCAGUUGCCACUCUAUCGCACAGGGGAGGUGCUCUGGAAGUGAUUCGGUCGAUUAGCAAUCACCUCAGCCAAUUUUCACAAAGAUCAGUACGGUCCUGUGAUCCAAAGCACAGCCAGUACCGCCACGUCACCAACUGUGGUACCUUGUUGUGCUCAGAGUGUCUCCAGCAAGCCCUAGCUGAUGGGCACACGGACACGACGCUGACCCUCGGUUCGAAGGAUGUCUUUGAACUCAACUGUCCAUGGUGUCGGUCGGAAUUUUGGACCUGGGAGACCCUGGCCCUCCCUUAUUCAAUGUCUUGGGUGACGGAGUUGAAGGCUCUCAUUCAUACGAUAGAUCGAUUCAAGCCAACUCUCACUGCAAACGAGAUUUCUGUGGGGGCGAAGGAACACUGA